AAAAGCGUCGUUAGCGUUACAUUCUCUUCCGCUUUGAGGUCUCGGCCAGUCGUUGCUGGUUUUCUCUACCUUGCACAACACACUCAAGACUUCACUUCACCACCUUAUCAUGGCUACCGAAAUGCCGCGCGAAAAUCCAGAGGCCGACCGCACGUCUGCCCUCGCCACCACUGCCACCGCUUCCGCACCAAGCAAACAUCCAGAGAACAAACACCUGGGCGACGUCCCAUGGCCUGGAAAGACAUUCUUCAUCAUCGAGAAGCAGACCGGCAAGGCCAUCACCCUCGUCGAAGGGCAGCCCGUGCUCCUUGACCUCACCAGCACCCGCGAUGCCGGCACCGCCUGGCUCUGCGUCGAGAAGCAAGGCUACUUCGGCUUCCAGAAUCCAAAGUCGGGAAAAUUCCUCGGUCACGGCAGCAAGACCGCCGUCGGGGCGUGGGCGCUGGAGCUGAACGAGUGGGAGCUGUGGACGCCGAGGCAGCACCCGGAGGGGGGCUACCAGCUGCUUUCGCCCCUGUGGGCGCACACUCUCAUGGUGCUUUGCGUUGCGGAGGACAGGAUCGGGUUGUGUCGACGGACUCAUGGUACGACGUUGUGGGAGUUCAUUUCAAUAGACUAAGGUCCCGCCUCCCUUGAUAAGUCCUUGCUUGGGGUCAUCAAUACUAGGAAUACCAUAAGAAGAUCUCCC